AUGUCGGCCAUGCUGAACCCAGAGCAAGACGUGUACGACAACCGUGGCUACACCACGAACAAGCACUGGGUCUCUGGUCCCAAUGCGGUCUUCUCGAAGAUCAUGACGGCCAUGCUUGAGGGUGAGUUCAUGGACAUGUACGACACCUUCUUCCUCAUGGAGAUGGACGCGGUUCCCAUCAAGAGCGGCUGGCUCGACCAGUUCGAGACGGAGGCUCUCGAGAUGCCGGGCGGGAACAUGGCCGUCCGCGGGAGCCAGUACCUUGGCGACAAGUGGGACCUGUUCAAGUCGAUGAUGCCGACCUACUUGGUGGAUCACAUCAACGGCAAUGCCAUGUACAAUCUGAAGCACCCGUGGACCAAGGCUGUGUACGACGCUUUCCACAGCAUGGGCGGUGGCACCAUGAUGGAAGAGAUGGCCUUCGAUGUGGCGUUUGCCAUGAUCACCAUGGAUGCCAUGUCCGGAAGCAGCAGCCAGUUUGCGGCUGCCUGGACGGCUGCGAAUGGCGACAGCCAGACCUACAACUGGGAUUCCAUGCUGGUGGGCAACUACGCCAACACACUUCUGAACACCAGCUUCGAGUUCCCAACCUACAUCCGCCACGGUUCCAGCAAAAACCUCUUCGAAACUGUUGAGGAUGACGAAGUGACCCUGGGAGUGGCGAUGUUCGAUUACCAGGGAAUCUUGAAGGCGACCGUGCCCACGCACCACCCCUUCAAGAAGAUCCUGGCCCUGACCUAUUACCCGCAGCCGGAUAUGACCGAGACGAUCGAGGGGUCGAACGGCAACGUGACCAUGGAGACGGCGACGGCCACGCGUAAUGCCUACUACCACCUGUGCGAGACUGCCUCUCUUGUGAAAACGAAGUGGUUCGCCCUCACGGACAACUACCACAUCAUCAAGGCACCUGUGAGCGUUCUCAUGGAAACGGAGGACAAGCCCGUGCUGCCCUACGUCCUAAGGAACUCCAAGUACUGUGGUGAGCGUCCCAACUGCGAGGCUUCCAUGGAGCAGGCAGAGACGCUGUUCAGCAUCACGCUGAACUACCACCACGACAAGUACGAGGUGCUGUACAAGACCGAGGAUGCCAAGAAGUUCUGUGAGGCCUGGGAUCUCGCAACAACAUCUCAAUCGUGGAGCGAUUGCAGCCUGGCCUUUGGCCCUACCGGUGACGACUACAUCGCCUGGAAGAUCAGCGACCCAAACUACAACAUCACCAACGAGUUCACUCCGAAAGACAAGACGCGCUACGGCUGGCGAGCGUGGACCAGCCUGUGGAACCCGGCCCCGGUCGACUCCCGCGAUUGUAGCACAACUCUCUACAGCCCCAAGGAGUACUUGGAGACCCUCGGCAACAUCUCCAAGUGCGCAGUUUCCUAUGUGGAAGAUGAAUCGGGCUGUGCUGGUGACGCCUCGUGCAUGUGGAAGCCCAUGUUCGAGUCGGGCGUUUGUAUUCAGGACCCGAGGAGUGUUACCACCUCAACGACGCUGGCUGGAAGUGUUUACAGCAGCAUUGAAGUUUCCAUGGACAUGACGGUCGAGGAUUGA